AUGACCACGGCAGCGACUUUUAGUAUGGCGAGAGAUCAGAUCGUUCUGAUUGACGCUCGAUCCACCACGUUGACCAUUUCUUGGCCCCCGAUACAAGAUGUUGCAUUCUAUUUGCUGGAAUACAGAACGAAUAUUGAGAACCAAUGGGAAAUGCUUGCUGAUGAUCUGACUCUCACAGAAAUCAGGAAGACACAAUUGGAUUGCAAAAAAGAAUACUUCUUCAGGGUAGCUGCAAUCUACAAGGAUGACACACUGUCAGGGUGGAUUAGUCACAAGGAACCGUUCCAACCAUUGCCUGUCAAGGAGGAUCGAGAAUUCAGUAUGGCCCCACCGGUGGUGAACAGAUUAAAAGAGAAGGAGACGUUGAUGAUCGAGUGGGAAGCUAUUGAAGAAGAUAUCUAUGCAUUUGAGUUACAAUUCCGCCAAAACAGAGGAGGACAGCCUUGGAUCACCAUCUCAGAGGAUUUGCACAGCAACCAAGUUCGGAAGCGAAACUUGACGUGCAAGUGGGGAUAUCAGUUCCGUGUUCGACCAGUUACCGAUCAUGCUAAUGAACCAUGGUCGCUGCCAUCCGAACCAGUCAUUGCUAACGGAGUCAAGAGUCCAUUUCCUAAGAUUCUAAUGAAGGGCUUGAAAACGACACCCCAACCUCCUCCACCACAAAGACCACCAAAGAAAAAAGAGAAGCCUUUGAUGAUCGAAGAAAAUCAUGAGGAUACGAGAAGGCAACGAUACGAACCUGACAAAAUGGAUGCCCCGUGGUUUAAGCCUGCGGAAGAAUCAGAAGCAAUGAUUGUCAAUUGGAACCCUGUCGAGUAUGCAACCGGCUAUGAACUACAAAUGAUCAAAUGCAUGAAAAAAAGGGCACAAUGGAAGACUAUCGCAGCCAACCUACAGGGUACUCAAGUGAAGAAGAAAAAUUUGACGAACAAAGCAGGAUACCAGUUCCGCAUCCGCCCAAAUGGUUUUAGGAAGGAAACCGAGUUUUCAGAUCCUUCGAACAUUGCCAUUGCCAAUUAG